AGCUUAUCGAAUCUGCUAAAACCAUGCUAGUUUCAGCUGUAAUAUUACUCUCUGCGUUUUUGGUGGAAACGUAUGCCAUCAAUUAUUGCAGUCCAGAUUUAUGCCCCAACAUGAGAACUCAUGUUGGUUGCCAUGCCAGAAGUGGUUUCUCUCCAAACUGUGGAAACGAAUAUCAGGCCAUAGAGAUGACCAACGCAAGAAAGCAGCUUAUAUUAAGACAACACAACCAACUGCGAUAGGAUAUUUCACAAGGAAAAUAUCCAGGCUUUCCGACUGCUUCCCGUAUGGCCACAUUACUCUGGGAUGAUGAACUUUCUAGACUGGCUGCUAUCAAUGCUAGAACGUGCCGCUUUGGGCAUGACCAGUGUCGCAACACGGAGAAGUUCCGGUAUGCUGGACAAAACAUUGCGUGGACAGCUUUUAUGGGUUACGACUUUACACCGGAGAGUCGAAUAGAGAAUUUUACCCUCAGCUGGUUCAACGAAUACAAGGACUGUCCGCCGGCUGCUAUUGCAAGUUACCCUAGGAACUACAACGGCCCCAUGAUCGGACAUUUUACCCAGAUUGUCAGUGAUCGGUCAACAAGAAUUGGAUGCGCUAUGGUGAAAUACGUUCUGAGUGUAAGGAUUAAUUUCUACUUUGUUUGCAACUAUUCGAUGACAAACAUUGUUAACCAACCAAUUUACAAAUCUGGUGGUACAGCUUCUCAAUGUAAAAAUGGUAGAAAUGGCCAGUUUCCAGGACUAUGUAAUCCAUCGGAACAAAUCUCGUCUGAUCCUAGGAAUCCGUGAGUGGUGAUAAAGAAAAUCUCUGAAAUUACCUAAUGUAUAAAUAUUAUUAUAUUUUUAACGUACAAUAAAAAUGAAGCUAUCCCGAAACUCUAA